AUGCCGCUAAGAGGUAGGUAAAUCGAGAAGGAGUAACUCAGAUAAUGGAAUAAUUAAUCAAUACGGAAAUGACUAGCCCCCUUUGUGUAUGUACGCGUUACCUCCCAAUUUUAUUCCACAUUCCCGCAUUCCUCCCCCCCUGCCGACCUCGAAACCGCUUGCUUUUCCUGUCCUUUACAUCCACCACCUUGAAAUGGGCGCACACAAUUCUCCCAUGCUUUAGGACCAGUCACUCGCUUUAACUCUCUCUUCUACACUAACUCUCCACUAAUUACUUCUCUCCUACAUCAUCGACUAGUUGGUGUAAAAUAAUACCAGGAAGAGCCCAUUCUGCGAACGGGUCGUAGUUAUUCUUUCCUGGCUUUUUCAAUUCCAACCCCCUUUUUUCAACGCCACUCGUUUUACGUAGGGAGGAUAGGUAGAAGUCUUCGGGACAGGCGACCGACCGGCCAAGAAGAAGUAGGAACAACCUCUCCAAACGUCCAAACGACAGAUUACUCCCGCUAUCCCGAUUUCCUCUACUCCUCUGGAUUGCGUUCGAGACCCUCUCGUUUGUUUGAGUGAGAACAAUCGACGAGCCUCUUUGUCGAUAACCGCCUAGACACGCUUACGAAUGUGGUUGAAUAACUAUCAACAAAGGAAAACAUAGCGGAUACAGCAGGUACCGCGUCGCCGGACCUCUUCAGGACAGAAGAGCCCAGAAACAACUUUAAUUAUACAACACUAUCACAGAUCAGCAACUAUGUGGUUGUCAACAAUAAGAUCGGUCGCGCUCUUGUCAGGGCUUGCGGCUCUUACUCCGGGCGCGAACGCUGCAGAGCCCAUGCUCAUCUCGAAUUCGUUGAACAAUUGCCAAGAAGAUUCGCAGUUUACUGCCAGUCUCUUCCAAGUUGUCUACACUCCGUCCAACAACACAGCUUUCCUAAACAUUGUCGCGACAUCAUCCGUUGAAGGAAAAGUCAAUUUCGAUGUUGACAUCUCAGCAUAUGGCUACAAGAUCAUUGAGACAACUAUCGACCCUUGCAAGGUCGGGCUAGCUGGUCUCUGCCCCAUGACUGCGGGUAAGAUUCCGUUGAAAUUCAACUUACCUGUUGGCGCGGAAGCCGCUUCUCAGAUUCCUAGUAUUGCCUACAACUUCCCCGAUCUAGACGCCACCGUCCGUGUUACCUUAAGAAUGGUCGAUACGAAAAAGAGCGUUGCCUGUGUCGAGGCCGAUAUCUCUAACGGCAAGACUGUCAACUUGAUUGCUGUUAAGUGGGUUCUUGCUAUCAUUGCUGGUUUGGUACUAUGUUCUUCAGCUAUUAUCAACGGCCUUGGUCACUCUAACGCUGCUGCCCACAUCGCUUCCGGCGCGCUUUCGCUGUUUAGCUUCUUUCAAGCCCAGGCCAUUCUCGGUCUAACCUCUAUCCAUUUACCCCCCGUUGUCCAGUCGUGGACUCAGGAUUUCCAGUGGUCGAUGGGCAUCAUCAAUGUCGAUUUCAUGCAGGAUAUCUUUACCUGGUACCAGCGAGCUACUGGCGGUACUCCUUCUACCAUUUUUGACUCUUUGACGACCGUUUCGGUGCAAGUAGAGAAGCGUGCUCUCUCAGUCCUUCCCGACGCUGCCGUUGGCUUGUACCGACGUUCGGCCGCAAUCCUUCCCCGCGGUGCCUCAUCGCUGAUGAAGCGCGGUAACGUGAUGACGGGCUCAGGCAGUUACCUCGUGUAUGGUAUCCAGCGUGUGGCUUUUAGAGCCGGUAUUGAGACGACGAACCUUUUCAUGACUGGGUUGACGUUUUUCUGUCUCUUCGUUGUCGUUACCAUUGGUGCCGUGGCUGCGUUCAAGGGUCUCUGCGAAUUGGCCGUGAAGCAAAAGUGGAUGAAAGGUGACACUUUCCUUGAGUUCCGCAAUGGAUGGCUCACGGUCUUGAAGGGUAUCCUGUUCCGACUUACUCUCAUUGGUUACCCUCAGAUGGCCAUUUUGUGUAUUUGGGAAUUCACGCAGAAUGAUUCGCCCGCUGAAGUAGUUCUAGCGGUGUUCUUCAUUAUUGGAAUGACGGUCACUCUAGGCUGGGCUGCCUCUAAGGUCAUCCGAAUCGCUCGUCGCUCGGUCGCUAUGCACCGGAACCCCGCGUAUAUCCUCUUCUCCGAUCCCCAGGCGUUGAACAAGUGGGGAUUCUUGUACGUUCAGUUCCGUGCCUCCGCGUAUUACUUCAUCAUUCCGGUUCUCGGAUAUUCUCUAGUCAAGGCCAUGUUCAUCGCCUUCUCGCAAGGCAACAGCACUGCCCAGGCCAUCGGAUUCCUCCUGAUCGAGGCUGCUGCUCUGAUUACUGCCAGUGUACUCCGGCCGUGGAUGGACAAGAGUACUAAUUCGUUCAACAUUGCCAUUUUCUGCGUUAACUUUAUCAACGCCAUUUUCCUUUUGAUUUUCUCGGAUGUCUUUAACCAGCCUCCGCUAGUCAAUGGCGUUAUCGGUCUUAUUUUGUUCUUCCUUAAUGCUAUCUUUGCCACCAUCCUCCUAAUUAUGGUUAUUGUUUCGACCACCCUGGUCUUCUAUCGCAAGAACCCCGACGGUCGUUACCAGUUCAUGGCUGAUGACCGGACGUCAUUCAUGAAGUCACAAUCUCAACUCACAGGUACUACCGAAUUGGACGCCCUUGCCGCCACCGCUCGCGGUGAUAAGGGGGGUUACAAGCACGGCUUAGACCUGGACGAUGACAACGAGUCGAUAUCCUCUGCUGAACUCCGCCGCCGUACGGAUUCGUCAAACUUGAACGUCCCUUCGUCAGCUCCGAGCAACCCAUACGGCCGCAACAACACAAGCUCGCCCCAGUCCCCAGUAGAUCCCUCGGUACCGCUAUUCCCGGCCGCCGGUAGUCAACAAAGGGCUCCGAGCCCCUAUGCCGGAUCUAGCACUCCCUUGCAACACCAGCACAGUGGCAGUCCUCCCUCAUAUCGAGCACAGAACAAUGCUAGUCCGUGGCAACGAGGUGCCGGUUACGAACACUAGGUAAUGGCUGUGAUACCGGAAGGAGGAUUCUACUAGCAGGACGUAGUCCGAGUGUUAAAAAUCGUACUAGGAUACAAUCAUGACAAUGGGGCCGGAGUUAAUACAGGAGGGUAGCUCUUUUUGAGAAGAUUCUGACUUGAAAUAAGGCGGUCGUCGAAUACCCAAUAGUACCGCUGAUGGAAAGUAGUGGCUCGGCCGACAAUCCUUUCCUAUGUUCUCAAACCUUGUAUUAAGGAAUCCGCCUUAUGACGCGGGGCGUUUAGCGCGUCAACAGCAUUCAGGAGGCGUCGUUAGGGAUGUGAUGUUCAUGCGAUAUUUUUUCGAUCAGCUGUACCAAACCCGAACUUGCAAAGUGUAAAUACCGCCCAGAGAACCCUACAAAGGGGAUAAAGAAUUUUUCAAGAAAUUCCUGGGAACAGCUGGGCUGAGGAGUUAUGGUUUUUUUUUGUACCUGGGUUAUCACCAAUUAUAGACCGCCGUAUGCGCGGCGGCAAGCUUGUCAAUAGCUAAUCAAUAAAUACGGCUUUUAACGAA